AUGACUACAAUAAGUACAAGUCAUUCCUCAGCCCAACAAACCCCCAUUCGGGUCCAACAAAAAAGGUCUAGUCGAGCAGCUCCCGGAGAAAAGUUUGAUGACUACAUUAUUCGUCGAAAACAUGAGAUUGAACAGGAGAAUAAGACAAUGUCUAUCUGGACAAGCCCCAUUCUAGUGCUUUCAUACUUUGGAAUGUACACCUUUUACGAAGUCCAGUCGGCCUUUCUAUACUUUUAUAACCACAGCCGUCUAUCGCUUGGCAUAAUUGUGUCCACAGUGCUUUCAUUAGUUCUUUACACAUUCGAAGGGCCACACCAAGCUGCUGUACAGCUGAUAGAACAACAGAUAGCGUGGUAUGGAUAUUGGCUAUUGUUGGGUGUAGCUUCUGCAAUUGGUCUGGGUACUGGAUUACAUACAUUUCUGCUCUUUCUGGGCCCAUAUAUUGCCGAAGUCACAAUUGCUGCAUAUGCAUGCAAUACUACAGACUCAUUGACAAGAAACUUGACAAGCUACCGACUAGAGUGUGUUUCACCGGUCGGAUUAGAGGGUGUCGAUAAUCUUUCUCUUUGGUCUAUUUACCGCCAGAUUUGUUGGGAAAGCUUUGCUUGGGGGGCAGGAACGGCCAUGGGAGAGCUUCCUCCAUAUUUCAUUGCCCGCGCAGUGGCUUUGUCAGGAGGAAAGAGCGAAGAACUAAGUGGUUUUGAGUCUGGAUUGAAUAAGAAACCAAAGGACCGUGAUUUAAAGGAGACUGUUUCCUAUUAUCUUUAUGACGGAAUACAACGUCUUGGCUUUUUUGGGAUCCUUUUGUUUGCUUCCAUACCAAACCCGUUAUUCGACCUAGCAGGGAUUACAUGUGGUCAUUUUCUCGUACCAUUUGCAACAUUCUUUGGAGCAACAUUUGUAGGAAAGGCUUGUGUCAAGGCAUCUAUGCAGUCAAUGAUUGUUAUCCUGGCCUUCUCAAGUGACUCUCUCUCGAUAUUUCUGACUAUCAUUGAGAGAAAUGUCCCAUAUCUGCAUACUGUUGUCAAAGAUUUGAUCCAUGAUCAGGCCGACAAGUUCGGCAAGGGACAGGGACAAACAAAUCCUGAGUCAGAAGAGCAGAUUAAUAUGCUUGGCAUCGCAUGGAAUGCAUUCCUGUCAUUGAUGAUUUUUUACUUUAUAAUAUCAUCUAUAGAGUCUUUGGGUCUUGCUUAUAUGAAAAGGCAGCACAAAGAAGAAAUGAAACGUUUAGAAUUAGAACGAGAUCAAGAUUGA